AUACUAAUUAUCAAAUACAUCAAGAGAUAUCUUAAUUCAAGGCAAUUAGUAUUUGUCCUAUCUGCACGUUUACAAACAUUACAAACCUUUGUGUCAAACAAAUCACUGAAAAUAGUUUUAUAGACUAGAGACGAAAACUUUGCAGCCUGCUUAUCUCCAGGUAGGACUGUUCCUUAAACUCCUGAUUUAUUUCUACUCGAACGCCAGUAGAAAAGAAAAAACUAUCACAAGCUUCCGGGAUAUUUUCAAAAUAAAACACACUGACAGCAAGUCGGCAUGUCCAGUAACAAAAGUCGUUAAAAUCAUGAAAUCAAACAAAGCUUGUAUGAGAAUGUGUUGAGUUAAAACGGAUAGCCCUUUAUUGAUCACCAAACCGAAGUGCCUUUCAGUGCAGACUGGCAUAGAAAGGAUGAUGUGGAAAGUGGAAGUGUAUUCAUUCACACACUUCCAAGGUGAUUACUAUGUACUAUUGAGGUGUGGCCUUUUCCAGGGUCAGAUUUCAAACUUAUUGUGAAGGGAACUCAGCUGUGCAUCUCGCUGGUGUUUCUUCUACUCUAGUUGAUUGACACCACCCUGCAGUCCACAUACACGCCCCUCGGAAUACUCCCGAAAUAUUUUACCUCAAGCCUGUCCCGACUUGUUCCAGGAGAAACAACAAUAUGUGCGCUUUGCGACUUAUCGGAAGAGAGUUCAACUGUUUCGCCCGUUUCACCUGUACCACUGUAGCACCUGUGUGACGAAAGUGAAAGUAAAUGUAAAACGGCGGCUUGAAGAAGUGAUUUGUUGGUCCUUUUCUGAAAUGGCUGCUCGGUAUUUCCUGCUGUGUGUCCAUUUCAUUGUCUCGUGCCUAGUUGCUGGACAGUCCCCAAAUUACGGGCUCAAGGGGGGGAAGGUCUCCUUGAAGCCACGCAUCCCUGGACAACCUGAUGGAAUUCUGUGGAAAACUAAUGGCAACAAAGUGGUCGAGUUUGAUGGCAGAGAGGAGUUGGUGUACAGCCCAUAUCAAAACAGGAUCACGCUGGACUGGCAAACUGCAGAUAUAAAUAUUCAUGACCUCAGAUUUGAAGACAGCGGCGAGUAUGAAUUGGAUGCAGAAAUCAACAAAAGGUUGCAUCGUUCAUUCUAUACAUUGGAGGUCAUAGAGAAAGUCGCCAAGCCCACCAUCACCUGUGAGAUGAAGGAUGAGGGCCGCUCUAACACAGCUGGAAAGCUGCUGUGCUCUGCAAACCUCAGCCAACCUCAACCCUUAAUGAAGUUCGAGUGGAGAGAACACGGAAACGUGCAGCCUGGCUCACAGUUACAAAUAUCUCUGGGGGAUAAGCAUGAUGAUGAAGUGUACAGUUGUACUGUGAGCAACCGCCUGAGUAAAGAAACGGCUACAUUCACUGCAAAGGAUUGCUACCCGGAAGAAAGUUCAGCUGCAUUACUGAUUGCCCUCCUAGUCACCGGUGCAGUGUUACUCCUGGUGGGUCUGGCCAUACUGUACUGCAAACUACGCAAUAAAGGGUCGGAUACGGAGCAAGCUCAGGCUGAUGAAAGAAGGGCUCUCGUACACAGAGCAUCCACUCUUCCCUCUACUGUGCGACUUGGCCAUUUGGUCCAAGGUAAUGGGAAUAUGAGGCCUGAUGAACCUGCUAGCAACCAAAGAGAAAACCAAAGAGAUUCAGAAUAUGAAACUGUAAAAGCCAAGACUAAGAAAAUUGCGCUUAUGCCGCCUAGUCAGUUUCCCUCCCCUCUGGAUCUGAAUAAUCUGGCUUGUGACGACAAAGGUGAUGCGGAUGCAGAGCAGCACAGAGAGCCUUCAGAGGAAAAAGAGCCACAGAGCGACCCCUCAGACUCUGAGAAGGACAAUGAGCCAGAGCCUGCUGUUGUUGUGGACGACUUCAGUCAGGACAGGCAGUCUAGUCCAAAAUCCCCCGUCUCUCCUGAACAUCCAAGUUUGGAAACUACAAUAUACAAGCCGGAGAAGGAGGCAGAUGAGGAUGAGGAAGGUCACUCUGCUCCUGCCGGCGCUGAAACUUCUCCUGCUGCUCGGCCACAUUCCCCUUUGACCGAAAGCUCUCCAAAUAUGGCACCUAAAGACACGGCUGGUGAACACGAGGAGGUCGACAACUCAGAUCACGUCACUGGAGAAUCUGCCGAGAAAAAUGUCAGAGAAUCUGACUCAUCAGACGAAGAGGAAAGAAAUGAAUCGGACGACUCUAGCGAGGACAAACUGUUGUCCACCGUUCCUGAACAGAGAGGAUCGAAAACGAUAUUACAUGAGCAAAGUUUAAACUUAUCACAAGAAGAAAAAAACACAAGCGAAGACAACCAGCAAGAAACAGUCAAACCGGUUUCUGAAGAUGAAGAGGAAAGUAAAACAGAGAGUGCAGGUGACCAUGAAGAACCAGAUAGGGAACAGGAUCUGUAUUCAACCACCUCCCAGCAGCCUCGGAGCCCCACACCAACAAAACCAGACAACAGGAGCACCGACACCUGUCAAGAGUCCCCAGCAACUGCAUACGCUCACCCAGAGGAAGAAGAAGAAGAAGAAGAGCACAAGACCGGCACCGACUCAGACGAGACGGCGGGGCAGUCGGAUAAAGGCGAGCAAGGCAAUGAGAGCUUUGGUGGGGAUAAUGCAGGACAGAAGAAAGAUGAAGUUGUUGCGUAGGCCUUCGUGCAACUUGGCAAACAAGUUAAGAUUUAAGAAGGAAGCAGAUAGUGAAGGGGAUACUGUAAAUACCGCACGGCAGGCAAAGAGAUUAAGAUCAAUAAAAAGACGUAAAUGCAGAGUUAAGAGAGUGUGGGGGGAUUUCAACACAGUCCAAAUGCAGAGAAAUAUAAACUGUGGGAUUUUAUAUGGAGUGGUGGACAUGCAGUAAGAGCCACUGAGGGAAGAAGCAGACAAUAGUGAAAAAGGACAGUUUGGAGAUUGAAAGCAGAUGGUUGGUUCAGUUAUCUCUGUUGCCGGUUUCUUUUUUUAAUACAACACAAACGGUGAAACCAGUAAUACGAGAAUUCAAACUAGAUUACUGAAAACAACAGAGAUAACAUCUCACACACAGUGCAACAGUCAGUCUGGUGGGCAACUGAAAUGACUCGACGGAAAUGACACUGACGUUUGUAGGAAGUGAAGAGAACCACAAGAUAAACUCGCACAGAAAUAGGAUAGUGUCUGCCUUUCUCUUGAGUUUUCCCCGGUUCUCUUACUUUUAACUUCUUAGCUUUUUUUAUUAUUAUUAAUGUUAUGUGUUUUAAUAACAGCUUUAUUGUUGGUCUUUUUACUAUGAAUUAUCGACUAAUGAUGCUGCACAUAUGUUUUUUUUUAAUGAAUUAAGCUAUUACAAACAUGAUUGUAUAUGUUUAACUCUAGUCAGUUUAAGAGCACUAACUCUUCGUAUUGUGACUUUAUCAUUCGGAAGACUUUUUGUAUUAAUAUUUCAAUUCAAUGUUUUUGUAUAGCCCAAAAUUACCAAUCACAAUCUGUACAGCAUACGACAUCCUCUGUCCGGGAAAAACUCCCCAAAAUAGAAUUAUUAUAAUCCAGUGACUGUGACGUGGUUUUAACCGCAGAUCUUUUCCUUUUUUUAAGAAACAAAAUGCUUUAUUGAAGGUGUUGUGGGAAAAUAAAAUCAUCUGGUGAAUAUAUGUGAUGCUGUACGCAUAUGACAAUGUAGAAAGAGCCCACUUUUAAAUCUGAGAUUUAAAUGAUGGAUCAUCCUGAAAUAUUUGUUGUUCUGUGUAUUUUCAUUUUUUAUUGAGACCAGCUUGUUUAUGCUCAUUCAUUGUUGGGAUAAUAUUUGAAAAAUGUCUGAGCUCAGGGUAUAUUUGUGAUUGUUGAUUAUUCAUUAAUGAUGUGUGAUUUCCGUGCAUGACACUAGAUUGUUUUUGUAUUUUCUUUAACUUUUUCUUGCUGCAUUGUUUGCUGAUUGAUGGAUGCUUUUGGAAAAUGUCUCAUUUGCACGAAUUCAUAAAGGCAAUGCUAGCAGUUUAUUUCCAGUUUCUUGUCUUUUUGUUCGACGAUGAAAGCUCGGAUUUCUCCAUUUUAAAAGAAAGAUUGUGCAAUGAUUGCUGAAAUGAUGAAAUAAAAAAAGAAAAUACAGCAAA